UUUUCCAAUUUUUAUGAAUGCAGCGCAAGUAAAGUCUCAUGGGAAUUCAAUCAGCUGAACUCGGCAGUCAUGGCAACAUGUGCAGCACACAGCUUAAUCCAGGAAGCAACUUUCUCUGCAGCUUUUCAGGUUUUUGUUUGAGAGAUGUGGUAGGUGAAACUUGUUGUCAAGUAAGUUAGUGUCAUUAGCAUAAAUUCAACGGGUAACGUUAGCGAGAUACAGACAUAGUUUGACACUCUGAAAAAAAAAAAACGAGCUUCAACGUUAAUUAGCAAGCUAGGUGAAGUUGAUAGCUUAGCUGGCAGGCUAACUAGCUAAGCUGCUAGGUUGCUUACUUCGCAUAUAUGUAGGCUAAGUAGGCUGUAAAAUAGGCUGUAUUCUCAUGAUGUCAACAACAUGUAAGUUGGCUUGCAACGUACGGCAAUUGUUCGGUUGCUAACUCAACUCAACUUUACGGUACAUAGCUAGCUAGGUAAGUGGUUCACGACUAUGUCCGGGGAGCGAGCACCUUUGCCAGCCGGGGGGAACGGCUUACUCCGCGGGGGCCGCACACGGUCUUACGGCAGUUUGGUCCGUUCUCCGCUCUCUCCGGUUCGCCAGAGACGCAUUGAACACAACAUUCAGCCAGGAGAAACUCUACAAGGCUUGGCCCUGAAAUAUGGAGUGUCUAUGGAGCAGAUCAAAAGAGCGAACAGACUGUACACCAAUGACUCGAUAUUCCUGAAAAAGUCCCUGUUAAUCCCUGUGCUGUCAGACUUGGACCACUGUAAUAACGGGGUGGAUUUGGUUGAAGGGAACAGUGAAGAAGACUGUGCCUCUGCUCAAAAUGGGCACACGGGGAGCUCCUCUGAGAGGAAACAAAAUGAUGGCGAAGAAAGGGUGGCAGACCUUACUCCAGUGGAUUUUUUGAAAAGGUUGGAUUGCUUGAUAAAUCAGUCGAAGCAGGCUGCUGUCAAAGGAUGCCAGGAAGCAGAGCAAAGGGUUGCUGCCCUAGAAGCAGCUUGCACCAGCAGGACAUCAGACUGUCGGCCGCUUACAAGGUCGCAAAGUGUCAAUUUGUCUUCCAGAAUGCAGCAGCAGGCAUCACAUGUGGCAGUGCCCCUAACUAUCACCAAACUCACCAAGAAACUGAGAGACCACGAAGAUGAGAUAUUCCAGCUGUGACAUGUUGUUCUUCCUGUCGCACCCUUGAUCAUUAAAGAAAGCCACAUCACAUGGUUUGGCCUCCAGGACAGUAGAGCAUUAUAGAUAAAGUGAUCCUGCUGCUGAAUGAACCUAAAGUAUUUUCAUAUUUGCCAUAUUUAAUGUAGACCUUGACAGGUUUUUGAAAAUGAACACUGCACUUGUAGUCUUAUUUGUUUCGUGAGACAAACUGUAGAUGAUGUGUGAGUUUAGCUGUGUUUAGCAUGUUUUCAACAGCAGGAAACCAGAGUGUGAAAUAUUGAAACUGAGAUUUCGCAGUCACAAGUUGCUUCAGUCAUAUGACUCUUCAUAUUUACAACCCAACAAGUGGUUUGUGUGUAAUGCUACCUCACAGCCCGAUAAUGCAAAGAUGGCCAAGUUUUGUGACUAAAACCUUUUAUUCAUAGUAUGAAUAUAUAUAGACAUAUAUGUUAACUGGAAUAUUACUGGAAUAUUAGCACAAUGUUGCUCAUGAAUUGAGCUCUGUUACUGCUGAAAGAAUUACAUUAUAAUGUAGCCAAAAUUUAGAAAAGAGACAUUUUAGAAUGUUUUGGAAGCAAUAUUUUUAUUAUGUCAUUCAUAUUUCCUUUUAUUUAUUAGUUU